ACCUGUUGUGCCUGGUCCAGGAUCAGCUCAGCUCACUGACUGUGCAGUGAAACCAUGGCAACCUGCUGCCGUUAAACUGACCCGGGGUCAGUAAAGAUGCCCGGUCCUGCCCCGACAGUCAGUCGCUGUAUUCCGACAGUCUGUUCCUUCCACUCCACUUCAGAAACACCGAGCUGUCCGUCGGUGUCUCACGACUUCAGAAAAAGGUUUUGAAUCAGCAAAGAAUGUAACAUGCGGAAAUGGACACUUUACAUCGACUGCGGAGGACAUUAUUUACGGUUUAAACUGUAUUAACGAUGUAGGAAUUUAACGAAAAAAGGGCGGAUACUGUUUUCUCCGCUGGAGUAACUGCAUCGAAGGGGACGUAAACUUUUCAGACGGUGCGGACGACUCGGUUUCUACAAUGUCAACGGUGCUAAACUGGCUAUGAAUGUUUGUAUUUUUUAUUUUUAAACCAGUUGGAGCUUUUCCUGUCAAUGCACUGCAUCUUUUCGACUCUUUUCUUGGUGCAGACAAGCUCACGGAGUUCUUCCACACCUCAGGAAUUCAGCGUCCGUGAACGCCGCAGGUAGCUAGCUGGCUAGCUGGUUAGCUAGUUUCUAAGCUAGUUUUUUAACACGCAGAAAAACAACUCUACGUAACGUUAACGCUGUUUUUCAUGUGUUCAGCACACAGCUAACGUUAGAUGUUUUUUCUUUCUCCGAGGUUUUUCAGUCUUGUUUUGUUUUUGACAAACUGUAGCUAUCAACUUGGUCUAAACUCAACCCGUAGCCGCUGCAGCUAACGUCCAAACAUGCCGCAGCUAACCGGGGGAGACGGAGACGACUUGGGAGCAAACGAUGAACUGAUCGCUUUCAAAGACGAAGGAGAGCAGGAGGAGAAGAGGAAUGUGUCUGCUGGACGGGAUCUGGACGAUGUCAAGUCCUCUCUGGUCAACGAGUCCGAGACCAACAGUAGCUCAGACUCGGAGGCAGACAGACGCCCUAAACCCAAUCCAGAUCUGGAGAGCAGGGCCAGACAGAGUCUGCUGUUUGAAGAAGCGCUGAGGAGACAGCAGGAUGGAGGUCUCUUCCAGCCCUCUCCGUAUGUCGGAUAUCCCUUCUUCAUGAUCCCAGACCUCGGGAACCUGUGCAGCCCCUACCUCACCAACGGAGCCCUCACGCCAGGCGCCCGGACGUACCUGCCGUUCCAGUGGCCUCUGCUUGACGUCCCGGGAAGAGCAGCUAUGAGAGACUCUGCUACUCCUACACACCUGUCUAACAACGUACCGGUGGUGCAGCACCCACACAUGACCCACCUGCAUCCGCUGCUGUCCUACAGCCCGGAGGCCUUCUCCCCUCAGAGAGCCUCACCUGGCUUCUCUCCUGACACAGGGAUGUCGAGGCCGCCUCACGCCGCCUGCUACCCCGUCUCUCCCGGAGGCAUGGCUCAGAUCCCGCAUCCUCUCGGCUGGCUGCAGGGGCAGCACAUGUAUCCCAUCGCAGGAGGCUUCUCACCCGCCGCUCUCGCCAUGAACGCGUCCGUUUCAAGUUUGGUGUCGGGCGGCUUUUCUCCUCGUCUGAUGCAAACGCCGCAGUCGUCCAUUCCUCAUCCCGCCAUCGUCGCCACGGGAGUGAAGCAGGAGCCCGAAGGCAGCAGCCAGCCGGGGAAGCUGCUGGCCGACGCUCAGCAGGAGAAAGUGGACGAGAAGAAGCCUCAUAUCAAGAAGCCGCUCAACGCCUUCAUGUUGUACAUGAGGGAGGAAAGACCUAAAGUGGUCGCUCAGUGCAAAGUCAAAGAGAGCGCCACCAUCAACCAGAUACUGGGACAGAGGUGGCAUUCUCUCUCCAAAGAGGAACAAGCCAAAUAUUACGAACUGGCUCGUAAAGAAAGACUCCUCCACUCCAAACUCUACCCCGGCUGGUCAGCCAGAGAUAACUACGGUAAAAAGAAGAAGAGAAAGAGAGCGAAGAGUGAGACUCUGCUUGAUGACGACGUCUCGCCGCAGCUGAAGAGACCUCACGUGCCGCCCGGAUCCGAGGAGACGCCUCACACGCACGCUCUCCUCACACACUCACAGACUGCACCCGCGCACACACACGCCCGCUCUCACCUGUCACAGCCUCACACCAUCUCCCACCUGACGCACACGCACCUGUCCCAGGCCAGCCCCGCCUCCUCCCUGGACUCUCCGGCGACACCGACCACGGCGCUGGCCUCUCCCGCCGCGCCGGCGCCCACGCACACCGAGCACACGCACUCCUCGUCGUCGUCGUCCUCCUACAACCACAGCGGACACUCGUCGCCGUACGCCGAGCAGCUGCAGCCGCUCUCCCUCACCACCAAACCCCACCGGACCGCCCUCCCCCCACUGAGCAGAACCACCGCCGUCACUCCGGGACCCUCCACGCCGUCGUCCUCCUCCGACACCCCCACCCCGUCGCCGCACACGGCCUCCUCCAGGAGCACGCCCCCGCCGCCGCCGUUCCUGCUCCCGCCUCCUACCUCCUCUCACCAAUCAGCAGCCGGCUCCCUCGGUGCCUUAACUCAGCCGUUCUCGCUCAGACGAUCCAAUCACCUGUGAGGAGCCGCGAGCUGCUUCCUGUUUUUUUUUUUUUUUUUACUGUUCAUGAAAUCAAAUAAACAAAAAAACAGUGAAAUCAUAUAAAUACAAUUCUCUCUCUCUUUUUUUUUUAAAUGCUGUAAAUGAUGCUUUUCCUUUUUUUAAACUUUUUUAUAGAUGUAUCACGUUUUAUAUUAGUAUAAAAAGGACAAAUAACUGGUCAAUAUUUGACCGCAUCUCUUAACUUCAUGAAACAUUUUUGCAAACUGUCACCUUUUCUAAUGACUUUUUAUGAACGAUCAAGUUGUUGUAAUUUGAAAACGAGGUGUGGCACACGGGUUUGUUUGUUUGUUUAAGAAAAUGUUUUUGUUUUUUUUUUCCACCUGGUAGUAAAUCUGUUCUCUCCUCGCUGUGUUAAUAAAUGUUCACUUGAGUUCUGA